UAAUCCUAAUCCUGGCCUUAAAUUCUCUUUUCUUCUCUGUGUAAUCCUAACAGGGCACGCCUGGACGGGAUGGUUACCCGGGCCCACUUGGGAUGGAUGGGAAGCCUGGUGGUCCUGGUCCUAUGGGAAGCCAGGGACUGUCUGGGCCAAAAGGAGAAAAGGGAGACCAAGGAGAUAUGGGGCCCAGGGGACUCCCUGCACUUGCGGGCUCUGCAGGUCUGCUCAGUAAUCAGAUUCUCACGGUCAAGGGUGACCAGGGUCAGGCUGGCCCCCCUGGACCCCCAGGGCCCCCUGGAUCACCAGGGCCCAGAGGACCCCCUGGGAACACAGGGAAGGAUGGGCCCAGAGGACCCCCUGGAGAGCAGGGUCCACCUGGUCGAGAUGGAAUCGAUGGAUUAGAUGGACUGAUGGGUCCUCCUGGACAGAAGGGUGAGGAUGGACAGCAGGGCGUGCCUGGAUCACAGGGGUCUCCGGGGCUAAAGGGGGAGCAGGGGCCUGCUGGUGACCAGGGCAGGACUGGCCUUGAUGGACUACCAGGGAUGAAGGGCUUACCAGGAGAGAAGGCUGUUCCUGGCUCCUAUGACAACAUCGGCCUUGGCCAAGUCGUUCAGGGUCCCCCAGGGCCACCAGGGCCCCCAGGAGGCCAAGGGUCAAAGGGAGACUCAGGCUCACCUGGUGCACCUGGAGCUGAUGGGGAUAAGGGAGCCAAAGGGGAUAGAGGUGAUGAUGGGAUGCCUGGAGUGGCAGGGGAGAAGGGAGAGCGAGGCCUGAUGGGCCAAACUGGGCUUGCGGGAGCUGACGGUAAAAAGGGAGAGCGAGGGGAUUCAAGGUUUGAGGACAGUCUGGCCCAGAGGAUCUCUAUCCCAGGCCCUCCAGGGCCUCCCGGGCCCCAGGGUUUCAUGGGACUUGAUGGAAGGCCUGGCCCCAAGGGGGAACCAGGUGAGGGAGUGAAAGGAGAUAAGGGAGAUGCAGGCGACAAAGGUCCUCCUGGGUUAAGGGGUACCCAGGGUCUUCCAGGUUCUACAGGGCUGGUUGGUCUCCCUGGCACCAAAGGAGGAAAGGGAGAGCAAGGAUUGCCGGGAUUAGAUGGUUUCCCCGGGCUGAUGGGACAAAAGGGGGAGAGGGGGGGCAGAGGAGACAAGGGUGACAGGGGGAUGCUGGGAAAGAAGGGACUGAAGGGACAGAAGGGCGAACAAGGCCCUCCUGGACUGGACCAGCCCUGUCCUGUGGGUCGGGAUGGGUUACCCAUACCUGGGUGUUGGCAUAAGUGAUGACUGACCCGGGACCUGGGAUCUGUACAUAUCGAUAUAUAUUUUUCAAAUAAAACUCAAGUGUUGUUUUUUGUUGUUGUUGCCAAUUCUAAUUUAAUAUAUUGAGUUUUUGGUAUUGGAAUUUAGAUUGUGGGUCUAUCACAAUCAAUCAUUUAAACUUUUUGCAUAUGAAAAGAAAAGUAGUUUUUUUAGUUUAGAGAUUACUUACAAGAAGGAUAUCAUGCACACAAAGAGGGGAGACUGGUGACAAACGGAAAGCAGCAGCAAAUGCACUCAACACCUACCGGAUGGACAAAUGUUGCUGCUUUUAUCUAUACGGGGAGAAAUAAAUCAUUGAUUCUGACGAACAGGCUCACUAGUGUUCCCAUAUUGGAGUGUACAACUCAGCCUGCACCUUGCAAACAAAUCUACCCCAUCACUCCUGUGAUCGCUGUUUGCUUUGAAAGGACCAUUCCUCAUGGCAGGGACCCAAUGCCAGGUGCCUAUCCCAACCUUAGGAGAGAGGUAUGGGGAGGCACAGGAGCCACACAGACUGACUGUGCUGGACAGAGACAGAUGGCUACACCAGCAUGGAGGAAAUAUGGCUUUCACUCUUCAGCUGCAAUCCUAACUGGUACUGGAGGGACUGGAUUCAAACACCAGAUCCCUCACAACAAAUUACAGACACACACUAGCUUAGAUGAAUGGAUUUAUUUCAAGUAGUUCUACAUCACUUAGCAGUGUGUUAUCCAUUACAUGAGGUUGUGUGUUUUUGUCAUGUGUGCAAAAACUAAUCAGAUCUGAAAUGAACACAUGUUUUAAUACCAUGAUCUUUCGAUGGCUUUUUAGAUUUAACCUUUGUCUGUAUAGUCGUUUUCUUAAUUAAAUGUGUUUCAUGUUUAGAUCAAUAUUGGUUUAAAAUGUUUUAGAAUGUUUAUAAGGGUUUCAAAGUUGUUGCAUCAAAUGCUUUCUCAUUCCUCCGAGUGCUCUAACCAGUUCAUUGACACAGAACACUGUAAAACUAGAUAAAUAUAAUGAGAUAUUCCUGUGUGUAGGUUUUGUAGAUAAAUAUAAUGAGAUUUUCCUGUGUGUAGGUUUUGUAGAUAAAUAUAAUGAGAUUUUCCUGUGUGUAGGUUUUGUGGAAAUUCCUUGGAUCUGUCUUAUAUUCAAGUUACAUACAUUUUCAUUUCAUACAUAGCCCCUGAAAAAGUUAGAGCUAUUCAAACAGUCAGAUUUAGAUUUUCAUGUAAAAUGAAUGAUAGCAAGCCUAAAAAAGGGUCAGGACUUUUUACAUCUGACAUCAAGGUAGAAAUAAAAUACAUAUUUUCAAACCUACCAGGUGGGCUUAUUGGGCUAAUUAUUGUUUGUUCUAGAUACAUGCAGUAUUUAAGUUGUCGUUCAUAUUAAAUACUAUUUCAAAUGGA